AUGGCUGGUUUCUUUGCUUGGGUUGUUUGCCAUGCUGCAAGAGCUCGGUUUCAGAUCCCCCAGUUGAAAGUAGACCACACAACAGAGUGUGUUCUGAGGAACCUAAUAGCAUUUGAGCAGUGUCACUAUCCUGAAGAACCUUACAUCUUCAACUAUGUUUCUUUGAUUGACUCUUUUAUUCACUCCAAAGAUGAUGCAGAGUUGCUGGUUGAGAAAGAAAUUAUUGUCCAUGAACUGGGAAGUGAUCAAGAACUAGCAAAUCUGGUUAAUGAUCUUUGCAAACAUGUGACAAAUUCAACAUGCUACCACCAGAUCAUGGAAGAUGUUAAUGAACACUACAACAAUGAUUGGAAAUGGGCAAUGGGGACAUUGAGGUGGGUUUACUUCAGAGACCCUUGGAGAAGCAGUUCUACUAUAGUGGGGGUUGCUGUCCUAAUAUUCACUGCCUUCAACUUCUACCGUGUUACUGAUCUACUCUUUUAG